AUGGCUUCUUCUUCUUCCCUGCAAUUAUGGAGGUUUAGCUUCUUCUUGAUGGCAUCGACAUUGGCAAUGAUCAUCAGCAGCAAACCAACAGUUGCUGUAAUCUUCCGACCGAGCCCAUGGCAGCUUGCCCACGCCACCUUUUAUGGCGAUGAGACUGCCGCCGAGACCAUGGGAGGAGCUUGUGGGUAUGGUAAUCUGUUUGUCAAUGGCUACGGAACAGACACGGCGGCCUUGAGCUCAACUUUGUUCAACAAUGGCUACGCCUGUGGGACUUGUUACCAGAUUAAGUGCUAUCAAUCAAAAUGGUGCUUUUCACAGGUGCCGUUCACCACCGUGACGGCGACGAACCUUUGCCCGCCAAAUUGGUCUCAGGACUCCAACGCCGGCGGGUGGUGCAACCCACCUCGAACUCACUUUGACAUGUCCAAGCCUGCUUUCAUGAAAAUUGCACAGUGGAAGGCUGGCAUUGUCCCUGUCAUGUACCGCAGAGUGCCAUGCCAAAGGACAGGAGGGCUUCGAUUCGCCUUCCAAGGAAAUGGGUACUGGUUGCUGGUGUAUGUGAUGAAUGUUGCAGGUGGAGGAGACAUAUCUGGAAUGUGGGUGAAGGGGAGCAGAACAGGGUGGAUAAGCAUGAGCCACAACUGGGGAGCUUCAUACCAAGCAUUUGCAACUCUGGGAGGCCAAUCUCUUUCCUUCAAGAUCACCUCAUACUCAACCAAGGAGACCAUAAUUGCAUGGAAUGUUGCCCCUGCGAGCUGGAAUGUUGGGCUCAGUUAUAAGACAAAUGUCAACUUCCACUGA